GACGAUGAAAAUAGGGUUUUUUUUUUUUUUCUUUUUAGGAACUACUUUUGGAAGCACUAGUGAGUUUCAAGGCUAUAAGUCUGAUAAAUCCUGCAAGGUUGAAACUUUUUGGCAAUGGCCGGUUUGAGGAGAAGUGAGAAAUCAAUGUAGGAUGCAUGUUUAGCAAUCUUGGAAGACGUUUCAGUGAAAAGAAAAACAUGGGGAUGAUGAAAAUGGGUGGUUCUUUUUCUUGUUAGGAACUAGUUUUGGAAGCACUAGUGAGUUUCAAGGCCAUAAGUCUGAAUGUCUGAUAAAUCUUGUAAGGUUAAAACUUUUUGGCAAUGGCUGGUUUGAGGAGAAGUUGCUAGGAAUCCAUUAUUCUGGCUCUUUGAAAUAGUGGAAUGCAAUUGUUGUUAUCUUAUGUGGAUAAACCUCAUGUUAGUAGCAAAUAUGCUCUUUAGUCUGUAGUCAUACAUUGUUUGCUUGCUGCUAGGUUUUUGAAAAUGAGGCAAGGCAAGGAAGAAGCAAUAUGCAGUCUUGAACAGGCUAUUGACUUGAUUUCAGUGGUUAAGGAGAUUCAUGAGCUUAACUCACAGGAGCUUAAUAAGUUGCUAAGAGAGUCUGAAGACUUUAGCAUUCAUUUUGUUACUGAAAAAGGAUUAGAAAUAAUGAUUGAUGUGGAAAAACUUGCAGGAUUUCUUCCUUUGCACCUUAUUGCAGUACUCAUGUCAUCUGACAGAGAUGAAUCCCUGCUCAGAUACUUGUUAUGUGGCAUCCGGCUUUUGCAUUCCUUGUGUGAAUUAGCCCCUCGCCAUACUAAACUUGAGCAGAUUUUGCUUGAUGAUGUAAAAGUAUCAGAACAACUGAUUGAUAUGGUCUUUUACGAGCUGCUUGUUCUCAAUAACUAUAGCCUGGACAUCCAGGAUUCAAGUUCUGUGCCUCUUUUGCAUUCAGCACUUGUGGCAUGUAGUCUGUACCUAUUGACUGGAUGUAUAUCUUCACAGUGGCAAGAUCUGGCUCUAGUGAUAGUGGCACAUCCUAAGGUUGACAUGUUUAUGGAUGUAGCUUGCAGAGCAGUUCAUCUAGUUGUCAGGUUUCUCCAAAACAAGCUGUCUGCUCAGCGUUCUGAUAUUUGUGCCAAGUCAAGUCCAACUGCUGAAUCAAUGGUUAACUAUCUUUGCCAACAAUGUGAGGCUUCUUUACAGUUCCUUCAGUUAUUGUGCCAACAAAAGCCAUUUCAGGAGCGGUUACUGAGGAAUAAGGAACUAUGCAGAAAGGGUGGUAUUCUUUUUCUGGCUCAAUCCAUCCUGAAAUUACAUUCACCAUAUUUGGAAGAAUCUUCUACAGUCAUGGCUGCAUUAUCUAGGCUGAAAGCUAAAGUCCUGUCAAUUUUAUUGCAUUUGUGUGAAGCAGAAAGCAUUUCUUACCUUGACGAGGUUGCCAGCUCUCCACGAAGCCUUGAUUUGGCGAAAGCUGUUACACUUGAGGUCCUUGAGUUGCUGAAGAAUGGACUUAGUAAAGAUCCCAAACUUCUCAGUGCUGGUCCUGACAGAACCUAUCCUAUGGGGCUUCUUCAACUUAAUGCAAUGCGUCUAGUUGAUAUCUUCUCUGAUGAUUCAAACUUUCGAUCUUACAUCACUGUGUACUUUACAGAAUUUUUGAGCGCAAUAUUUUCACUCUCUCAUGGAGAUUUUCUAUCCAUGUGGUGUUCUGCUGAUCUACCUGUAAGGGAGGAAGAUGCUACGCUGUAUUAUGAACUAUUUCCUGCAGCUGGAUGGGCUUUAGAUUCAGUUUCAUCAUCAGACCUAUCAAAUACAACAAAUCUGGAAUUCACUCUCAGCCCAAACAACAACAUGUCUCAGGCUUCCUAUGUACAUCAAAGAACAUCUUUAUUUGUCAAAAUGAUUGCAAAUCUUCACUGUUUUGUUCCUAACAUCUGUGAAGAGCAGGAGAGGAACCUGUUCCUUCAAAAGUUUCUUGGGUGCUUGCAAACGGAUCCACCUAAGCUAUUACCCAGUCCUGCCUUUAUCUCUGGUCCACAAAAAGCUGCUGCUAUUUGUAGGAACAUGCGUUCCCUGUCAUGCCACGCGGAAUCUUUAAUUCCUACCUUUCUGAACGAUGAUGAUAUGCGGCUCUUGAGAGCAUUCUUUAACCGAGUACAACCACUGGUAAAUCCUGCUGAAUUUGAAGAAAACCGGGUUCAGGAGGAAGAGCAGUUUUAUGUCAGAAACAAUCACAUGGAUCAAGCUGACGAUAUAACAAGGCAAGGCAUGAUGGACGAUAAAGAUAAAUCUCUUACGCCUAGUGCUUUGAAAGAGAUUGACAGAGAUGUUAAGAAUGUUGAAACAAGUGGUUUGGAUACAAGUUCCACAAAGGGAAAAAACGCAAUUGACAAUUUAGUAGAGAGUCUCAGAGAAAAUACUCAUGCAGGAGUUCAAGAGGAUGAAAAAGUUGAAACUGUUCAAACUGAAGAAAAGCAACGGAGGAAAAGGAAGCUAACUAUAAUGAAUGAUGAACAGGUGACAAUAAUAGAAAGGGCCCUUCUGGAUGAACCUGAAAUGCAGCGAAAUGCAGCUUCUAUACAAUCAUGGGCUGAUAAACUAAGUCAUCAUGGCUCAGAGGUUACAUGUUCACAGCUAAGAAACUGGCUCAACAAUCGAAAGGCCAGGCUUGCACGUGCAAGUAAGGAUGCUCGUCCACUUCCGGGGCCUGACAAUGCUUUUGCAGGAAAGCAAGGUGGGCCACAACAAGGUCAUUCAUUAAGAGCACCUAAUAGUCCUGGUCAAGAGACUGGCCCCUCAAAUACCCGAGGCACUCGGAUCAUGUCAAGAAUGAACACCAGUGAAAACCCAGAGGCACCAGAAUUUGUUGAUUUUGGUGCUGCAGAAUUUGUUCAAUGCAAGCCAGGUCAGUUUGUUGUGCUUGUAGAUGGGAAAGGUGAGGAGAUUGGUAAGGGAAAAGUACAUCAGGUGCAUGGUAAAUGGUGUGGAAAGAGCUUGGAGGAAUCAGGGACGUGUGUUGUGGAUGUACUUGAGCUAAAGGCUGAUAGAUGGGUGAAGCUACCCUACACAUCUGAAGCCACAGGUACCACAUUUGAAGAGGCUGAAAAAAAGAUUGGGGUAAUAAGAGUCAUGUGGGAUUCAAACAAAAUAUUCUUGUUACAACUUCAAUAAAUUUCAGUCUUUGUUGUUCAUUUUCUUGCCCACUGGUAUAGUUUCAAUCUCAUUAGCUUAUAACUGGUAAUCCAGUUGGUGUUCCUCUUUCCAUUAUUUUAGGACACAUAUCAUGGACGUUCACAAACUAAGAUAAUGAGUCCCAAACACCAAAAUUUGCAUUAUAUAGAAAAGAAAGUAAUAAGAAUAGAAAAAGGUUGGAAGACAAAUUAUACAUGAGAGAUGUAGGAACGGCA